AGCUGGCUGCGUGAAGGCAGGAGAAAGCAAAGUUAAAAUAAGGCAGAAACUCAAACAGAAAAUGUCGAAGGGCUAGAGAGCAAACCGAACUGCAUGAUUUCAGGUUCAAUACUCUGGCAGGGAGUGGAAGGUUGAGCCGGUCUUUAUUGCAGAGGUAGGUGAUUAGUGGAAUGGUUGUCAGCUGUCCGGGAGCCGUGCAGGUAGUUGAUUACCUGAGUGGAGUCAGCUGAGAAGCUUGACUCCACUCAGGCACUGAGCUGUAGAGGGAGAGACAGGGCAGAGGAGCGGAUGGGAGACAACCAGAGACAGGACAGAGGAGAGGAUGGGAAACAACCAGACAGACAGAGACAGGACAGAGGAGAGGAUGGGAAACAACCAGACAGACAGAGACAGGACAGAGGAGCGGAACUGUGACAGUACCCCCCCUCAACGGGCGCCUCCCGGCGCCCCAUGGACCGAACCAACGAGGGGCCCACUGGGGCAACCAGGGAGCAGACAGACACACAGACAAACACAGGGACCAGACAGAGCGGAAGGAACCAAAAGGACAGGACUAGACUGGACUGGAGCGAAGGAAAGGACAGGACUGGAGUGAAGGAAAGGACAGGACUGGAGUGAAGGAAAGGACAGGGCUGGAGUGAAGGAAAGGACAGGGCUGGAGUGAAGGAAAGGACAGGGCUGGAGUGAAGGAAAGGACAGGGCUGGAGUGAAGGAAAGGACAGGGCUGGAGUGAAGGAAAGGACUGGGCUGGACUGAAGGAAAGGACUGGGCUGGACUGAAGGAAAGGACUGGGCUGGACUGAAGGAAAGGACUGGGCUGGACUGAAGGAAAGGACUGGGCUGGACUGAAGGAAAGGACUGGGCUGGACUGAAGGAAAGGACUGGGCUGGACUGAAGGAAAGGACUGGGCUGGACUGAAGGAAAGGACUGGGCUGGACUGAGCGGAGCUAGGGACAGGACUGGGCCGGGCUGGACUGGGCGGAGCUAGGGACAGGACUGGGCCGGGCUGGACUGGGCGGAGCUAGGGACAGGACUGGACAGCACUGAACUGAGGGCAGGACGGGACAGAACUGAACUGAGGGCAGGACGGGACAGAACUGAACUGAGGGCAGGACGGGACAGAACUGAACUGAGGGCAGGACGGGACAGAACUGAACUGAGGGCAGGACGGGACAGAACUGAACUGAGGGCAGGACGGGACAGAACUGAACUGAGAGCAGGACUGGACUGGACUGGACAGGACUGAACUGAGAGCUGGGCAGGACUGGGCUGGACAGGACUGAACUGAGAGCAGGACUGGACAGGACUGAACUGAACUGAGAGCAGGGCAGGACGGGGACUGGAUCGGACUGAACUGAGAACUGAGCAGGACGGGGACUGGAUCGGACUGAACUGAGAACUGGGCAGGACGGGGACUAGGCUGGCCAGACAGUAGCUCCGGAGGUCGGCCCGAAGGCAGAACUGUCCGGGGAUGGACAGGGCGGAGGGUCCGCUCCGGAGGGCGGACCGUAGGUCGGACUAACUGGGGAUGAGUGGGCCGGAGGGUCCGUUCCGGUGGGCGGAGGAUCCGUUCCGGCGGACGGACCGUGGGCCGGACUGGCCAGGGAUGGGCAGGACGGAGAGUCCGUUCCGGUGGGCGGCCUGGGGGUCGGACUGGACGUGGAUGAGCAGGGCAGAGAGUCCGUUCCGGUGGGCGGCCUGGGGGUCGGACUGGACGUGGAUGAGCAGGGCAGGGAGUCCGUUCCGGUGGGCGGCCUGGGGGUCGGACUGGACGUGGAUGAGCAGGGCAGAGAGUCCGUUCCGGUGGGCGGCCUGGGGGUCGGACUGGACGUGGAUGAGCAGGGCAGAGAGUCCGUUCCGGUGGGCGGCCCGGUCGAGGCUGGGCAAGCCGGAGGGUCCGUUUCGGGGGACGGCCCGAAGGCGGGACAGGCCGAGACCGGACCGGGCGGAGGGCCCGCUUCAGAGGGUGGCCUGGCGGCUGGACGGGCCAGGACUUGACAGACAGGGUGGAUCGUUCAGGGGGACGGCCCGGGGGCCGGACAGGGCAGAGGGCCGCUCCGGCGGACGGCUCCGAGGCCGGACAGGGCAGAGGGGCCGCUCCGGCGGACGGCUCCGAGGCCGGACAGGGCAGAGGGGCCGCUCCGGCGGACGGCUCCGAGGCCGGACAGGGCAGAGGGGCCGCUCCGGCGGACGGCCCGGGGGCCGGACAGACAGGCGGGACCGCCCAGGGGGACGGCCCGGGGGCCGGACAGGGCAGAGGGGCCGCUCCGGCGGACGGCUCCGAGGCCGGACAGGGCAGAGGGGCCGCUCCGGCGGACGGCUCCGAGGCCGGACAGGGCAGAGGGGCCGCUCCGGCGGACGGCUCCGAGGCCGGACAGGGCAGAGGGGCCGCUCCGGCGGACGGCCCGGGGGCCGGACAGACAGGCGGGACCGCCCAGGGGGACGGCCCGGGGGCCGGACAGGGCAGAGGGGCCGCUCCGGCGGACGGCUCCGAGGCCGGACAGGGCAGAGGGGCCGCUCCGGCGGACGGCCCGGGGGCCGGACAGACAGGCGGGACCGCCCAGGGGGACGGCCCGGGGGCCGGACAGGGCAGAGGGGCCGGGCUGGAGGCUGGACUGGGGGCGGAGCCGGGUCCGGUGGGUCCUCCGGGGGCGGAGCCGGGUCCGGUGGGUCCUCCGGGGCGGAGCCGGGUCCGGUGGGUCCUCCGGGGGCGGAGCCGGGUCCGGUGGGUCCUCCGGGGGCGGAGCCGGGUCCGGUGGGUCCUCCGGGGGCGGAGCCGGGUCCGGUGGGUCCUCCGGGGGCGGAGCCGGGUCCGGUGGGUCCUCCGGGGCGGAGCCGGGUCCGGUGGGUCCUCCGGGGGCGGAGCCGGGUCCGGUGGGUCCUCCGGGGGCGGAGCAGGAUGGGAAGCGCAAGGCCUCUUCCUGGACUUGGGGAAGACCCCAGGCCCCUCCAAAACCGCCGAGGCUCCAGGAAGCGGAGGCGGGGCGUCGACGGCCUUCUCAGGGAGCGGAGGCGGGGCGUCGACGGCCUCCUCAGGGAGCGGAGGCGGGGCGUCGACGGCCUCCUCAGGGAGCGGAGGCGGGGCGUCGACGGCCUCCUCAGGGAGCGGAGGCGGGGCGUCGACGGCCUCCUCAGGGAGCGGAGGCGGCGCAGGAUCCAGGGGCCCCUCCGGGGGCGGCGCAGGAUCCAGGGGCCCCUCCGGGGGCGGCGCAGGAUCCAGGGGCCCCUCCGGGGGCGGCGCAGGAUCCAGGGGCCCCUCCGGGGGCGGCGCAGGAUCCAGGGGCCCCUCCGGGGGCGGCGCAGGAUCCAGGGGCCCCUCCGGGGGCGGCGCAGGAUCCAGGGGCCCCUCCGGGGGCGGCGCAGGAUCCAGGGGCCCCUCCGGGGGCGGCGCAGGAUCCAGGGGCCCCUCCGGGGGCGGCGCAGGAGGGAAGGCGCAGAGCCUCCUAAGGGGCUCAGGGAAGGCUUUAUGGCCUUCUAAGGCCGCUGAGGUCGCGGGGACUGAAGGCGGGGCGUCGUCGACCUCCGCGGGGACUGAAGGCGGGGCGUCGUCGACCUCCGCGGGGACUGGAGGCGGGGCGUCGUCGACCUCCGCGGGGACUGGAGGCGGGGCGUCGUCGACCUCCGCGGGGACUGGAGGCGGGGCGUCGUCGACCUCCGCGGGGACUGGAGGCGGGGCGUCGUCGACCUCCGCGGGGACUGGAGGCGGGGCGUCGUCGACCUCCGCGGGGACUGGAGGCGGAGCGUCGUCGACCACCGCGGGGACUGGAGGCGGAGCGUCGUCGACCACCGCGGGGACUGGAGGCGGAGCGUCGUCGACCACCGCGGGGACUGGAGGCGGAGCGUCGUCGACCACCGCGGGGACUGGAGGCGGAGCGUCGUCGACCACCGCGGGGACUGGAGGCGGAGCGUCGUCGACCACCGCGGGGACUGGAGGCGGAGCGUCGUCGACCACCGCGGGGACUGGAGGCGGAGCGUCGUCGACCUCCGCGGGGACUGGAGGCGGAGCGUCGUCGACCUCCGCGGGGACUGGAGGCGGAGCGUCGUCGACCUCCGCGGGGACUGGAGGCGGAGCGUCGUCGACCUCCGCGGGGACUGGAGCGGAAGCCGGGGGGCCAUGGUGCCUCCUGGCCUUGCGUCUUCGACGGCCAGGCCGCUUGGCAGGUGGUUCUAUGGGCGGCAGGGAGACAGGGCCCGGCUGGCUGCCAGGGGAGCCAGCAGGCGGGUCACUCAGAGGAGCACUCACGAAGUCACGGAGGUAAGCAGGUAAGUAGCUAACUAAUCCGGGUCGCUGGCCUGCUAGCUUGCGGCCCAGGGUUAUGCUUGCGUCUUGGGGGUCUUCCCUCCACUUUUCCCACAACUCAUAUAUCACGUUGAAGAAAAUGCUGUGCUCAUCGCAGGAGGAGAAGAAGUCUAUGGGCGUGUCUUGGGUUUGGGGCUGGGUGUCGGCAGGGUCCGGGGCUGGUGGCACAGGUGGAAGGGAAAAUGGUUCGGGCUGGGCUGGGGACGCGCAAACUUGGUUGAGCAGGGUGACAAAUUGGUUUAAUUGUGCUUUUGCGGCGGCAACAUCCUGUAGGGCUUGGCUGUAUUGAAGAAUCCGGGUCGGGUCGGGGGCUUCCUGGGAGAUUUGACUAGCUAAGAUGGCGAGUUGGGAGCACAGCUUCUGGUAAUUAGUUGAGAUCAGACGGAAGGUUUGGUGAAGUUGCCUGAUGUCGAAUGGCGUGGGCGGGUGCGGUCUUGGCGGUGAGUUCUCCGGGUCCAUGUCUUUGGCCAGAGUAUUCUGUCACGAAUCAGAGUUGGUGGACCCGAGCAGAGAACCACUCAUCCAAGACUGGAGGGGAUGGAGAAUGAUUUAUUGGAGGAAAUGAAUGCUGGCGGAUGGAGAAAGACAGGGUGUAGGAGAGGGGGUUCCGGGCAGGAGUGGGGGGUCCAGGCAGGAGUGGGGGGUCCAGGCAGGAGUGGGGAAUCCAGGCAGGAGUAGGGGUUCCAGGCAGGGGUGAGGGUUCCAGGCAGGAGUGAGGGUUCCCGGACAGCUGGCUGCGUGAAGGCAGGAGAAAGCAAAG